CUUUAUACAUCAUAGUUGCAUCAGCGGCAUGGACGGUGACACUUCCCGAGAAAAGUUGCAAGAACAGAUUCGUUUACAAGGAGAAAGAGUUCGAAAGUUAAAAAUAGAGAAAGCUGAAGCACAACAGAUUUGCUGAGAAGCACUACAAGUCAUGUUUCCUAUUUGUAAAUUCCACCUUAAAGUAUUGCAGAAAUGGUCCAACAAAUGCUCACUGCGUCAUCUCUGCCAGGUGAAAGAUGAGGUAGCCAAGUUAUUAGAAUUAAAGGCACAGUUGGGUGAAGAUCCUGGAAAGGGAAAAUUUGUAUUAAAAUGCCCAAAGGGAACAAAAGAUUACAACCCGGAACAGAUGUCCAUAAGGGAAGGGGCAUUCAAAACAAUUAUAGGUUGUUUCAAACGUCACGGAGCAGAAACUAUAGACACACCUGUAUUUGAACUAAGAGAAACACUAAAAGGAAAAUAUGGAGAAGAUUCCAAGUUGAUCUAUGAUUUACAGGAUCAGGGUGGUGAAUUAUUGUCUCUAAGAUAUGAUUUAACAGUACCAUUUGCAAGAUAUUUAGCCAUGAAUAAAAUAACUAAUAUAAAACGAUAUCACAUAGCCAAAGUAUACAGAAGAGACAAUCCUGCCAUGACAAGAGGGAGGUUUAGGGAAUUCUACCAAUGUGAUUUUGACAUCGCAGGACAGUAUGACGCCAUGAUACCUGACGCAGAAUGUGUAAAACUGGUUGUAGAAAUAUUAACUAAAUUAGAACUAGGAGAUUUUGUUGUGAAGGUUAAUCACAGAAAGUUAUUAGAUGGAAUGUUUGCAGCCUGUGGAGUUCCUGAUGAUAAAUUUAGAACAAUUUGUUCCUCAGUGGAUAAAUUGGAUAAGACAUUUUGGGAUGAUGUCAGGUCUGAAAUGAUAGACGAGAAGUUUUUAGACCCAGCAGCAGCCGACAGAAUUGGUACCUAUGUUAAAUUAAAAGGUGGACUAGAUUUAAUAGAAGCCUUACUGACUGAUGAAGACCUAAAAAAACAGAAAUCUGCAGUAGAGGGAUUACAAGAUCUGAAAUUGUUAUUGAAAUAUUGUGAUUUGUUUGGCAUUUUAGACAAGGUAUCUUUUGAUUUAAGUUUGGCCAGAGGAUUAGAUUAUUAUACAGGUGUUAUUUAUGAAGCUGUUCUACAAGGUUUUGCACACAAACCAUCUGCUGGUUCAGAUGAGGAGAGUGUCAGUGUAGGUAGUGUGGCUGGUGGAGGACGAUAUGAUGGUCUGGUUGGUAUGUUUGAUCCCAAAGGCAGGAAGGUACCCUGUGUUGGUGUCAGUAUUGGUAUUGAAAGGGUCUUCUCAAUACUUGAAUCUAGAGCAAUUUCUUCCAAAGUGAAGACCAGAACCACAGAUACAGAAGUGUUUGUUGUAUCAGCUCACAAUGGUCUUCUAGAAGAUAGAAUGAAACUGUGCAAUGAAUUAUGGGAUGCUGAUAUAAAGACUGAACAAUCUUAUAAGAAGAACCCAAAGUCAUUAAGUCAGUUUCAAUAUUGUGAGAGUAGUGGUAUACCCAUAGCUGUUAUUAUAGGUGCUAGUGAAUUAGAGAAGAAUAUUGUUAAAUUAAGGAUUGUGGAAUCAAGAGAAGAGAUGGAAGUACCAAGAGAAAAGAUGGUAGAUGAAAUUAGAUCAACAUUGGCCAAAUUAUCACAACAGAAGACACAAAAUAAUGCAUCAAGCUCAUAACAAGUGACAGAACAUUAUUGUUUAUUUAUUUAUUGUCCCACAUAAUGGCAGACAUUUACUGAUGAUUUGUGCAUGUUAAAGUGCAAUACUAAAUAAACACCCACCAAACUUUAUGUACAUUUUUGUACUAGUAUCAGUUCCUAUCAAUGAUAAAAUACUAUAAAUUCUGAAAUUACUGCAAUCUUUGUUUACUAAUGCAAAAAAAAAAAAAAGUGUAAGGUUUAAAAUCGUUAAAACUUACUUUCAUAAUUUCAGUAGUGAUUUACCUUUACAAUAUAACAGACUAUAUAGAAUCAUGUAUAA